CCUUCGCUGUCGGCAAUGGCAUCGGAGAUCCUCAUGGCGAAGCCCCUCUGCCUCGUGGAGAACCACCCGAGGAAGGGGCUGGUGGUUCAGCAGGAGGCCCUGAAGGUGCUGUCAGAGGUGACCCAGCCGGUGGUGGUGGUGGCCAUCACAGGGCUGUACCGCACCGGCAAGUCCUACCUCAUGAACAGGCUGGCUGGUAGGAGGAAAGGUUUCUCCCUGGGCUCCAGCGUGCAGUCCCACACCAAAGGGGUCUGGAUGUGGUGUCUACCUCACCCCCGCAAGCCUGGACACGCUCUGGUGCUGCUGGACACGGAAGGGCUGGGCGACGUGGAGAAGGGUGACACCGAGAACGACACCUGGAUCUUUGUGCUCACCCUACUGCUCUCCAGCACCCUCAUCUACAACAGCAGAGGCACCAUUGACCAACAAGCCAUGGAGCAGCUGCACUACGUGAUGAAGCUGACCGAGCAGGUCAGGUUGAAAGCGGCUCCUGGGCAGAGUGAAGAGGAAGAGGAGGAGGAAGAUCCAGAAGAAGUUGCCCCUUUCUUCCCGGCUUUCGUCUGGACGGUGAGGGAUUUCAGCCUGCGGCUGGAGAUGGACGGGGAGACAAUCUCCGAGGACCAAUACUUGGAAAAGGCGCUGGCGGUGAAGAACGGAACCAGCUCCAAGAUCCGACGCUCCAACCAGACCCGGGAAUGCAUCUGCCAGUACUUUCGGGAUCGCAAGUGCUUCGUUUUUGACCAACCGGCCCCCAAAAUGGACCUGGAGCGCUUGGAGGAGCUUGGGGAUGAGGAGAUCAACCCCGAAUUCCAGCAGCAGGUGGAGAAAUUCUGCGGCCACGUCUGGGAGAACUCUCCACCUAAGACCAUCCUUGGUGGCCGCGUCAUCACGGGGAGCUUGCUGGGCAAACUGGCAGAGACCUACGUGAAGACCAUCCGGAGCCGGGAGGUGCCGUGCCUGGAGAGCGCGGUGCUGGCCCUGGCACAGACCGUCAACGCGGCGGCGGUGAAAGAGGCUGUGAAGUUCUACCAGGACCUGAUGGAGCAACGGGUGAAGCUGCCGACGGAGACGGUUGAGGAGCUCCUGGAUCUGCACAGCCAGUGCCAGCAGGAGACACAAGAGCUCUUCCAGAAACGGGCGUUCGAGGAAGACAUCUGCUCUUUCCAGGAAGAUCUUACACGCCAGGUGGAGGAGAUCAAGGAGAAGUUCCUCAGGGACAACGAGCAGGAGUCCAGCCACAAGUGCAAGGCUGCUCUCAGGGACCUCUCCCGAGAUUUGGACAGAAAACUCAAGGAUGGGGUCUACAACGUGCCAGGAGGUUACGAGCUCUUCAAAGGAGACCUGCAGGCCCUGGUGGAGAAAUAUCAGGAAGCUCCUGGCAAGGGGGUGAUGGCCGAAGUUGUCCUGCAGAAGUUCCUCCAAAGCAGAGAGGAUCUGGAUGAAAUGGUCUUCAAGACAGACCAUGCCCUGGCAGAGAAGGAGGAGGAGCUGAAAAGGGUUCGAGAGCAGCAGGAGAGAGCCGAGGAGGAGAGGAAGAGCCGGGAGAAGGAGGAGGCUGAAGAAAAGCAGAAGCUGCAGGACCAGGUCCGCAGCCUGGAAGAAGAAGCGCUUCAGCUGAGGAAGGAACUGGAGGAAGGCUCCAAGAAGCUCCAAGAGGAGGACUCAAGGACGGGCAGUCAGAAAGCCAAGGAGCAGGAGGUGAUGGUGGCCGAGGACACCCCCAUCCUCCCGGGGACCACCAUGGCGACGUUGGCGGCCGAGGUGUCCUCAUCGAUGGCCAACCUGGUGGCCGAGCUCUCAUCCUUGGUGGCCGAGAAGCCCACCAGCCCUGAAGGGACGGCCAUGGCCACCUUGGCGGCCAAGGCCUCGUCCUUGAUGGCCUCCUUGGUGGAAGAGGUGACGGCGAUGGCCGAAGACCCAUCCCAACGCCGGAGGAAGGCCAUGGCCAAGUUGGCCGAUCAAGCGGCGUCAUCCAUGGUCAAGUUGGCGGCGACGGCGAUGACCAAGAACCCUUCUUGUCCAAGAGUGAAGGCCAUGGCCACCAAGGUGGCGGAGGUGGCGGCCACGGCGGCCAUGUUGGCCAUGGUGAUGGAGGAGAUGAUAGAGAUGGAAGAGGAGGAGGAAGAGGAGGAG